CGCGGUAAUAAUAAUAGUUUAUUCCGAAAAUCACUGGGUUUGAAAUUGGCUGAGCAUCCUGCGUAUAUGAUAGAGCUGCUGGUAAGCGGAGCAUUGCGUCGCGUGCUCACGACGUCUUCAUUUUCAACGCCCCCGCAAGCAUGAUUGUCACGGGUUUGUCGUUGGGGACCCUUUCAAUAUUGGUGGGUUCUGUGGCUGCACUGCGCGCAUUGCAGCUCUUCCUGGAUUUCCGUCGACUAUUGGCAAGCAUCCAUCAUCUUCCAGGAUACAGAACAAUUCUUAGUAAUUCAACUGUGCUCGGAAAUCUGUUUCCCCCGACCCCCUUGUUGACCUUAGGUCAUGAUCAUUCUUGGUUCUCAAAGCAUAGCCCCUUUGCGGAGAGAGGCCUCGAUAUAGUUUCUACUGCGGCGUGCUGGCCGAAAGCAAGGGGUUCGCUGUUGAUAGCAGACGCCAAUGUGACUAAGGACAUUGUUUGGUCUCGUGGAGGACGCUUCCCGAAACCUCUUGGCCAAUACGCCAUAUUGAACUUUUUCGGCGAAAAUAUUGUUGCUUCCGAAGGCAACGAAUGGAAGCGUUACCGCAAGAUCGUCGCACCUGCGUUUUCAGAGAGGAACAAUAGAUUGGUUUGGGAUGUAACGAUACAGAUCAUGCUCGACCUUUUUGAUACAAUGUGGGCUGAUCAAGAAGAAGUGGUUGUCAAUCACUCCGUGGAUUUGACUUUGCCAAUUGCCCUGUUCGUGAUCGGAGCUGCAGGCUUUGGUCGUCCUAUAUCCUGGAAAGAGGACGCUGUGGUCCCACUCGGACACCAGCUGACUUUCAAAGAUGCUCUCCACACAGUGACACAGGACCUCACCAUUAAAUUAUUAGUACCGAGAUGGGCCAUGGGAUUCACUAAACGUUUUAGGCAUGCAAGGCUUGCCUUCGAUGAAUUGCAUCAAUACCUUACAGAGAUGAUUCACGAACGGCAGGGAUCCCAGCACGAAGAAAAUAGCAACGACCUAUUAUCUAGUUUAUUGUCAGCAAAUGACGAUAAUGAUUUGUUGAAGGAUGAAGUAAAGCUAAGCGACAGCGAAUUAAUUGGUAAUAUCUUCAUAUUUUUGGUCGCGGGACACGAGACGACAGCCCAUACAUUGUCUUUUGCGUUCGCACUAUUGGCGUUACAUCCCGAUAAGCAAGAAGAAAUGUACCAACACAUCAAGCGCGUACUGCCUGAUGGAAGAAUUCCUACUUAUGAUGAUAUGCCAUCAUUGGCCUACUCUUCUGCCGUGUUCAACGAAACACUGCGGAUGUUCCCCCCUGUUUGCACUGUGCCAAAGACAAGUGCCGAAGACACGACCUUCACUCUCACAGAUGAGAACGGGACGCUGAAAACAGUCGUUGUGCCUAAGGGAUUGGGUCUUACACUGGACGUGCCUGGACUUCACUACAAUCCUAAGUAUUGGGAAGAUCCAUCCGCGUUUAAACCCGAACGAUUCUUGGGUGACUGGAACCGAGAUGCAUUCCUCCCUUUCAGUAGUGGUUAUAGAGGUUGUGUAGGAAGAAAGUUCUCGGAAACCGAGGGAGCAGCUGUUCUCACCAUUUUGAUUUCGCAAUAUGUCAUUUCGAUCAAGGAUGAGCCACAAUUUGCUGGCGAAACGUAUGAGCAGCGCAAGGCGAGAGUACUUGACGCAAAAAGCAUACUUACUCUGGCACCAACCCGCCUUCCCCUGGUGUUCAGACGGAGGACUUAAAGAGAAGACUUGGGAAUAAUAGUAUACACCAAGUUGGACAUGCACGCAAGUAUAAUAUACACUUGGCUUGGCUUUCACUCUAUAAGUAUCUUGUGACUACAUUAGAUGUUUAGUUUGACAUCUCCAAGAUGAUUCCUGCUGAAACAUGUA